AUGCCCUUUCAUCAGAGGAGUAUUGAGCCGCGGCGCGUGAGUAGGUUAUCGGCGAGGGAUGGCUGGAUCCAGGGGGACGAAACCGGGAAACGCAAACUGCGGAAACCCGUUUUGUUCUCGUCUUUGGAUGAGGUUAGCUGUCAUACCUUGACCAACAUAAUUCACCAACUUUCCGACCUUUCUCGACAUGCCAGCGAGAUCUUUCUGGGCAUCGAGGUGGAGGCAGGGAUGGUGUUCAGAAGAUCCUGCAGGAUUCAGGGGCGGCUGCAGAUUCUGCAGGGUGAAGUCCGCAAGUUUGAUCCCAAGAAAAUCAAAAUCCCGGUGUCUAACUUGGAUGAGGAGAGCAAGUGGACGGUUCAUUACACAGCUCCGUGGCACCAGCAAGAGAAUGUCUUCCUACCAGGCAGCAGGCCGCCCUGUGUAGAAGACCUCCACCGUCAGGCCAAAGUCAACCUCAAGACUGCCCUACGAGAAUGUGACAAGCUGAGGAAAGAUGGCUUCCGGAGCUCCCAGUACUACUCCCAGGGUCCCACCUUUUCUGACCCGAUUCAGUCCACCAGCAGCCUGCAGGAUGAUGAGGAUGAUGAAAAUGACAAGAAGUCCACAGCUUCGUCAGUGGAGGACGACAAAUCUCAGCUCUCCAUGAGGCCCCAGACCCCGCAGGGAGGGGGCGAAGAAGGGGAGGGGUCUGAGGUUGAUGGACAGGCCAUAUGGAACAAGGUCACACCCCUCCCCACCCCAGAGGAGAAGAUGAGGCAGGUGGCAAAGUCCGUGCCCACAGACAUAGUUGCCAUCAACGUCACAGGGGCAGUGUUUGACCGCCAGGCGAGCAUCCGGCGCUCCCUCAUUAACACUGACACGGUGUCCCGCCGGCCCAAGAAGGUCAAACGCAGAAAGACUAUAUCAGGGCUGCCUGACAACAUCAACCAGGAGCUAGCAAAAGGACGUGGCGGAGAGCUCCGGCCACAUUCCAUGUUCAUCCCAGGACAGUACUCUACUUUGGGCCGAGUUGGGAGCGUCAACUCAACGCUCCGACGUUCAGAGACCAGAGACUCGAGCAGCCAGACAGAAGAAGUGAAGGUUGUACCCCCGUCCAUGAGAAGAAUUCGGGCACAGAGAGGACAGGGAAUCGCAGCUCAGAUGGCCGGCAUUUCUGCUUCCUCCUCAACAGGAAGUAUAUCCAUCUCCAGCAGUGACAGCUCUGGGAUCCUGAUGCUGCCACAUCAGUUUAAUGGAGACCCUUCCCGCUUCCACAGUCUGCCCCGACAGGGCGCCAGGGUGUCCCUCAGCGCUGAUCCCAUCUAUAGUAGCACCCCCAUCAAGUCAGAGGAGCAAACUACGCCCCAGAGGCAGAUUGGAAAGCUUCAGGUUGACGAUACAGUGGUGCACAUGAGAAACGCCCCAAGGACAGGCACCCUGCCCAGGCCCAAGUCUCAGGAAGUGAGAGGGACACAGUCCAGUGAGUGGGGUGGAGGUCCAGCUUGUGUGGUUUCCCCACAUGCCGCCUAUUCCACCUCACUCAUCCCCAAUGCCACCCUGUCCAGUUCCACUGAGGUCAUUACCCUCAACACCUCCGGUCAGCUCUCCCACUCCUCAGCCUCAGUUUAUCCCUCAGCCCGACCAAUCAGUCUGGCUUCCUCCUCCUCCAACACUGACCCUCUGAUUUCCAGUCCAACAGCCUUCACCCACAGCUCCACCUGCCCGGCCCUGGCCACAUCUACCCCCACCCAUACACCACAGGAUGGCAGUCUGGUCAUUGCAGCACCUGCUAGCGAGUCAGGGCACUCAGACAGCAGCAUACACAGCCACAGCACCUUGGCCCCCACGCCUCCAUCCUGUCUGCCGGAGGAGCAGUGGAUCUAUGACACGCCAGAAAACGUGGUGCUCCCUCACCGCACCCUGACCUCCAGCUGCUCCACUCCUAUCAACCAGUUGUAUAGCAGCCUGGACCUCUCCUCCAGGACCACUACUGAUUCCAGCUCUCUCUAUUCCCAGGACAAUGAUGGAUACUACACUUCCAUGCACCUGGACUCUGGCCUGCGCUCUCGCAGCCAUGGCAGCGGGCACGGGGCAGCAGCUGGACGGGCCACCAGACACAGCAUGUACGAAUGCCGAGAGAUGGUCAGUCAGGAAGACUCUGGAAGCUUGUACAGCGAUCACUCUCUGUCCCGGAGCAUCUCCCUUCGCAAGGCCAAGAAGCCUCCGCUGCCCCCAGCCCGUACAGACUCUCUUAGACGCAGGCCUGCUGCGAAAAAGCCCCUUGGAGGUGUCAGCGCCAUCAGUGGUACUAACGAACCAAAUGGCACCAUGCUAAAUGAGACUCUUAUUGCCAGUUUGCAGCAGAGUCUACAGAUGGGGUUGAGGGGAGGGAAAGGAAAGGGCGCUUCGCCGUCUUCACCUUCUCACAGCCCGAGCAGCGACUACGAUGACCCUUGGGUGCUACGGCCACGUAGUCAGAGUAGCAUCAGUGCAGGUAGCUCUGCAGCAUCACUAGUAGCUAACGCAAACUGUGGCGGCGUCUCUAACGUAUACUCGCUAUGCCAUGUGACGCCUGCUCACAGUGACACCAGUAGCUUGCGUUCAGAUUACGCUGAGUCAUGGGGUUAUUACAUGGACUACCCUCGUAACCAAGGAGAUCAGAGGGCGCAGACCCCUCCGGCCACAAACAACAGAACAGCUGGGGCUCACCCAGGAGAACUACAGAAUGGAGGUGAGUUACAUAGCAACAGCCAGGCCCCUGGAGCUCCAGGCCAGGAGGGAGGGGUGGCAGUGAAGCCCAAAACUUCCUCUCCGGACAGGGUGCACAGACUGACCUCCCCAUCAAGCGGCUACUCCAGCCAGUCCAACACUCCCACAGCUGGAACCCCAGUUCCCUCGUUCGUCAGGUCCAUGUCUCCCUCAGGCAGCCGGCCUAAGCCCAAAGUGCCUGAGAGGAAGUCGUCUCUCCUCUCCUCUGUAUCCAUGUCCUCCUCUUCCACCUCCCUCUCCUCCAACACCUCCGACUCACUAAAGAGCUCGGGUCCUCCUCCCCCACCUCCACCCCUGCCCCUCUCCUCCUCCUCGGCCCCCAACACCCCUCUCAGCCCACCUCCACCCUUCCCUCCCCCUCUUCCGCCAAGUUUGAGCGCAGGUUCCCCCACCCCUCCACCAGCUCCCCCGUUACCAACCACUCCACAGGGAUCUUCUCUGAGCCUCCUCCCUGCUUGCUCCACCUCCCCAGAAUUCCCUCCUCCUCCAUCCCCUGAAACACUAAUCCACCCAAGUUCGUCCUUCAAUGGGAGCUUCAGCCCUCCCCCUCCCCCUCCUCCUCCCCCUCCCAUGCCCUCCUUUGGGCCCCCUCCACCUCCUCCACUGCCUGCUUUUGUUCCACCUUCAUCCUCCUCAUCUCUCGUGAAGGCAGUGAAGGAUGCUCCCAAACCAGCUAUUUCCAACAGCCCCACAAAGUCACCUAAGCCCCUCAUCACCCCAUUCGCACUUCAGAGUGUUCAGCUCCGCUCAGUCAAGCGGCCAGAGAAGGACAUUAACAGUGAUUCGGACCACACCAAAGCUCAGGAAACGGGGGUGGACCUCCUUCAGGGUCUAAAGCCCCAGACUCUGGAGAAAUGUCACUCCCAGGAGAAUCCCACUGUGUUAGCCACGUUUUACAGCUCCCCAGAAGAUGAUUUACGUAAUUCCUCACCAUCACCCGUGUCAAAGCUCUUAGAAGAGUUGUCACUAGACUGCAGUAUCACAGAUGAGACACCAGAUAGCGCUGUCCUAAAUGGAAAAGCUGAGGAUCAGAGUUACUUUCUCUUAAAUGGGAAAGAAGCAGAUGAAGGGCAGGAACCACUGCCAAGCCCCCCACAGAGCUCUCAAAGCUCCCCUGUCAAACAGAAGCCCCCAGCAGUCUCCAAGAAACCCAAACUCUCUUUUCUUCCUCCAUUUAACUCCCAACUAAUCAAUGACCAGGUUCCAGCUCAGCUUGAGGAUACAAGCAGCUUGUUCCAAAUAGAGGACCAAGUAGACGCUCUGCAGAGACAAACAAAGGAAGAGGAGAAGGAAAAGAAAAGUGAGCAACAGGAGGAGGGGGGGAUUUCAGAGAGCUCUGGGCCAUUAGCAGAGAGCAUUGAAGCAUUCACAGAAAUUCAGGACCAGUCCCAUAUCUCUACUUCUGCGAGCCAGGAGACAAGUCUUGACCACGGUCUGUGUACCAAUGGAGAGGCCCAUGAAGACGAAGACGAGGAGGGAGAUGGAACAAGCAGCACAACUGGAUCCAUCAGCUCCAAGGAGGAUGACGCAGGUGAGGUGUUUGACUCCAGUACGGCUGAAUCGUCCCCGGCCCCGUCAACCAACGGGGCCUCUGAGGAGAGCAUGGUGACCCCGACUCCCACCCGUCCCAGAACCACUGAGGACCUGUUUGCCGCCAUUCACAGAGGGGGCAUGCAGUGGGUGGGUGCAUCCUUUCUAGAGAGGUCGAAGCGCAAGGUUCUGGGUCGCAGGGAGUCUGAGGAGGACAAGUCCCGGGCUGGGAGCCACCCACAGUCUCCUCCCGCCACCCCCACAGGCACGUCCCCAGGGAUGGUGUCCUCUCAGCCCCGGCAGUCGGGCUCCAUCCAGCGCAACCUCCGCAAGUCCUCCACCAGCAGCGACACCUUCAAGGCCCUUCUCCUCAAGAAGGGCAGCCGCUCUGAGACCAGCUUCAGGAUGUCUGCUGCUGAGAUGCUUCGCUCCACUGACCCUCGCUUCCAGCGGACUCGCUCAGAGUCAUCGCUAGACCCCCCUGCUACUUCGCCCUCCUCCCCAACGGCACCACACAGCCCCUGCGCCUCCCCCGGCCGUGGUAAACGGGCGGCAGAAGAGUGGAACCGCUACGAGGCCUUGGCUCUGUCCUCGCCGACUUCAUCGUCGUUUCCAAUGAGCGGGUUAAAAUACGGGCGCUCUCGCACACCGCCCUCUGCUGCUAGCAGCAAGUACAACGCACGCAGCCGAAUACUCAGCAGCCCAAUGACUGUUAUCUGCGAGCGCGAGGGGGAGUUGGCUGAGAGCGAGUACGGAGACACAGCAGAACGUCUGUCUGGACCUGAAGCCCACACUCUCCCUUUGCUCAAAGACUCCAAUGGCACUUUAUCUGAAGAGAGCAGAAGUUAAAGAGCAAGGACUGCCCCUUCGAUCCAGGGAGCUGAACUCAUUCGUCGUAACCAGGUAGGGGGCGGGAAGAGGAACCGACAGAAGGCCCUCAAGAGACACCUUCCUGAGCCCCAACCCCUCUGCGCUGCCUCUGAGGGAGUGGACAUGUUGGGUCCUGAUGUGAGGUCAGAGGUCAUCCCCAUCACGGACCCGGCUGAACUUAGUCUGAAGUGGAGAACUGGUUGUGCUGCAGCUUUUCAAGACCCCCAUGAUUCUCUUUCUCUCCUUUGUUUGGUGACUCACCCUUUGUGUUAAAAGAAUAGUGUUUCUUUUACACCUGGUGUUCUUAGUUUGUUUUCUAUUUGUUUUGCUGUUUUCUUCCUUUUUUUUUUUUUUUUUUUACCCUGUUCUUAACCUGCAGGAACCCUUUAGUUUCUUUGACGGACAAGGUUCAGGUGGCAAACUAAGGUUGAAUUGAAGGAACUGAAAAGUCACAAGUCGUUUGCUUAACUUUGCUGCUGUGGUGCUGCGUAGCUAGGCAGUUGGAAAGAGUGGAAUGUAAAGGCGUGCCAGACGCUCGCCUUGUAAAUCUUCUCAGCUUCUGCUUCUCUCCUGUUGGCUAUGGAAAGUGUUUGAGAGGACCGUGGCCUGCGAUUGUUGGCUUCAGACAGCCCAUAAUGCCGUGGGAAGAGCUCGAGGACCUGGUGCAACACGGUACAACUCCCGUUAAGCCAGGUUUUUGCUUUCUGCUCUUACAGUUCAGUGAUUUAGUUUGCAGAGCUGGGGCGUGUUCAGAGGUCCAUAGAAAGUGCAGAGGGCUCAGUGCCGCGACCUAGUGACGGGCAGGAAGUGGACAACAGUUGAGGGGUACAGAGGCUCAACCAAAACAGCAAAUUCACUCUGUUAAAAAAGGCUCAUAAAACCUCUAUUAAUUUUUAGUUUGUAGAUUUUGCACUGUGCAUAGGUCUUUUCUUUGUUUGUGACUUAAAAACUAUGGUCUAAAGAUUGUUUUAAUAAAUAAGUGAUGUCAAGACUCGUGUUUGGGAGUUAAGAAUUAAUCUAUAAAUGUAAAGUCAGAAAUUACGUUAGACGAAAAAGCUUAUUUUACUGUCCGGGUGUUUUCGCGAUCAUGUUGGUUACCAAAGAACUGAAAAAAAAAAAGUGUGGCUCACUCGUUAAUCUGGACGUGAACACAAUCUGAGAGUGUGACCGCUUUUCUGACACCCCAUGCAUAUGGUCUAGCCAUUGUUAAGUUUGCGGAGACCCACUAGAACCUUUUUAGGGCUUAAAAGAUUUCCAUAACGCUGUUGACGUUUUGGCUAAGUUUAUCCCUUUGCAGUUUUAUAUUGUUAUGUAUGUAAAUACAUAGAAAAAAAGGAGUUUUAAGUAACAUUUUGACUUAUUUUCAAAUGAAUUUGUACAUUUUUAGAGCCCUGUGUUUGCUGAAAGGGAGUGAUUUCCUUUUUUUUUUGUAGACUAUUUAUUUUCACAUAGCAGGGUUGCAGUAUGGUAAAGUGGUCAGAGUCAACAAGCAGGGUGAUGGAGGCACGUUGAAAGGAACAAGGACCACAUUUACUCCGCUGAUCCCACCAGGCUAAUUUUUUUUUUUUUCGUUUUAAAAGGUGCUUCAUAAAUGCAAUAAUGUCAGUAUAUAUGCUUAAGCCUUCUACUGCCCUUAAAUCGUGAGUCAUGCAAAUCCCACACUGGUGGCCACAGCUGAGUAAAUGUGGUCUCUUUUAGUGACAUAAACUGAAGUGACAGGCGUGAGACUUCAUAACCUCCUAACAGCCAUAACACCCCGUGGUUUAAUCACCUGUGACCAAAGUGUCUCCCCCUCCUCCAGCUCCCGCCUGGCCAUGAUUGAGCACUCGGGGCCCGGGCUUGUCUCAUGACAGGGAACGUCUCAAUUGCAGAGAGCUUGUGAAAAGACGAGAGAACAGAAGAAGAAGAAGUAGACGUGAAAUAGUGGGAGUGGAGCUGAAGGCAGGCUGCUAACGCUCUUGUGUAUGUCUGUGUAAUAAAGAAAAAAAAACAAGGUGAUAUUUAAAGAGC